AUGAUGGAUCUGUUCGGCCGAGGAGAGCUGGGGCUGCUGGGGGGAGGAGAGGGGCUGAGGGACGACGUCGGGGUAUCCGGGAUAAGCUGGACGGCCAAUCGGUUGCCGGACGACAUGUACCCGGCGUCAGGAUUGGCCCUGGCCGCCGCCUAUCACGACAUCAAGACCCGGCUGGCCAGUCUGGAGCGAGAGAACAGCAGCAUCAAGAGGAAACUGAAACACUACGAGGUCAAGUUUCCUAUGAUCAGUGAGUUUGGAGAGGAGAGGAUGCUGUGUUGCUCCUGUGAUCCCAUCAUCAAGGACACCAGUGUGAUCCAAUCAGAGACCACCAACCUGCAGCAGAGGAUCAACUCGCUCACUCAGGAGCUCCAGAAGAGCAAAGAGCGAGAGGAGAGGCUGGAGGAGGUCAUCCAGGCUUAUGAGAAGAUCCACUUGGAGAAGAGCAACGUCCAGAGAGACCUGGACAAGAUGACCACGCUGGCGGAGCAGCACCUGGAGAGGAUCCACAGCCUGGAGGCGGCGCUCAGGCUCAGAGAGAGCUCCCUGCAGAAGCUCAGCCUGCAGCUACGCACCAAAGACUCCCAUCAGCCCCAGCUCCACGCCAGCCUGGACGUCCCCAGAGAGGGUCGCGGGCCGACGCUGCAGAGCUCGCGGAGUCUGGACGCCCUGUCGGACCUGAAGCUGCAGCGGCUGGAGGCCGAGCUGGAGGGGGCGCGACACCAGGCCGAGGGCGCCUGCCAGAGGGAGAAGGAGCUGAGGGCCGAGCUCCAGAGGCUGCAGCAGGAGGUGGCCCAGCUGCAGGACGCACAGCGGCAGUCCCAGGACUUGUCUCCGCACUGCGAGCACUGCGACGUGGAGUGGAUCAAGAAAGCCGGCGACGAACAGGUGAACCUGGCGCUGGCCUACACCGAGCUGACCGAGGAGCUGGGCCGGGUCCGCGGUCUGGCUGCUACACAGAGUGACCUUCUGCGCCACGUGUCCCAGGAGCCCGCCUCUCGUCCUCCCCCGGCUCCUCAGCGCCUCUCCCCCACCUCCCCCCAGCGCCCCUCUCUCUCGCCCGACAGGCUCCUCCCCACCCCUUCGCCUCCUCUGUCUCCCAACGACGGCCCCGCCUCCUACUCCCAUCAGCCAACCAGCAGCCGUCUUCGGGCUAAGUUCCAGGGUCGCCGUAGUUACUCGGAGGUGUCUGACCCGUCAGCCAUCCAGAGGCCCCCAGCUCGCCUGCUGAGGGACCCGGUGUCCACCCUGCCCAAGCCCAGGCCUCUCCUUGGGGAGGCCCACGCCUACAGCCAAAACAAAGCUCAGCUGCGUGCCUCCCUGGUGGGCCUGGUCAGACCGGCAUCAGCUCACGGCGCUGGAGGGGAGAGAGGCGGCGGCGGCGGCCUGAGCAGCAGCAGCCUGAGCAGCAGUCCUCAUCACUGCGCUCUGGACCGGAGCUUCCCUCUGGCUGCUGAGGUUCACCACUUCUGUCGCCGGGACGACCCGCCUGAGCCCACCCCGCUGGUGACGCCGCCGCAGUCCUCCGACGACGAGGAGGAUGUGUGCACGUAUCUGUCGCCGGCUGCCAGCCCACCUCGGACGCUCGGCGCUAUCGGGAUUGGCUCGUCGUCACCUAGGGAACAGCCCCUGCACCCCUCUUUCCCGUCUCCUAGGAAACAGCCCCAUCAUCCCUCCUUCUCGGCCCCUGAGGGCCCGGCCACCCUCUCCUGCCAUCUGCCUCCCUACAUGAACACGGAGCAUGCUCAGUCGUGGCCGUCUAUUAAUCUCUGGAUGGAGUCGGAGGAGAACGCCGUUCGUAGCUGUCCUCUGUGUCAGCUGACCUUCCCGACCGGUUACCCUGACGACGCUCUGAUCAAACACAUCGACUCCCACCUGGAGAACAGCAAGAUCUGA